AAACGGUAUCUCUCCUUUGUCCUUCAUCUUUCUGCAGGACUGGCACCCUCACCAGCCUGAUUCCUUCCAUGUCCUGGGCUAUAAAUUAACAACAUAAGCAUCUAGAAGAUUGUUUCUUCCUCAGGUUGUUAAAUCAAGGACUUCUUGAAUCCUUGACAUUAUCCAUUCGGGCAGAUAAGAUUCUUCUGAAGUACCCAGCAUGGAAACCCGAACCUUGUUCCAUCACAGGGAAGAGGAGCAGAAGGAAGAGAGACACCAAAAUUUGCAAAUGACCUCUGCAACAAGGAAGACCAAGUUCAGGACCAGUGAGGAAGAAGAGGGUUUUACACCUUUGGAUUUGUCCAUAGCAUCUGCACUUGCCUUGACAUCCGAAGUAUCAUGGGAAGCAAAGAUGAGGCAGGAGGCUACCAUUCUGGAGCUCGAGAAAAGGGGACAGAAGCGAGUUUGGUUUGGAAAUGAAAUGGAAAAGCUGGAGAAAGAGGUUAUUAAACACUGUCGAUUUCUGCGUGUGAGGGCUGACAAGAAGGCCCUACGGAGAAAGGCUGUCGCAAAGGCACAACUGGAAAAGGAGGUCAUGGAACUGCUGUCCUGCCGUCCGCCCAUGUUCUGGAUCCCACUCCGAGCUCAUGCAGUCUGGGAAAGAAUGAGUGUCAAACUGGAAUGCACCAUUCUCGCUUCCCCUCUACCAGAGGUGACCUGGUACAAAAACGGAGUUCCAAUUGAUCUUCGUGUUGCUCCAGCCGGGAAGUAUAAGAUUAAGAACGAGUUUGGAAUGCUCACCUUGGACAUCCGCAGAUGUUCCUUGGACGAUUCUGCUGAAUACAGCGUGGUAGUGAAAAAUCCAUAUGGCGAGGCCUACUCCUUUGCGACGGUGCUUGUCAGAAAGUACUAUGGGAAGGAAUCUGGAUUUGACUCAGAGAUCUAUAAAAGGUCCCUCAGAGACUUGGAGGCGGACUUUGCCUUCACUUUGAAGCCCGUCUUCUCCAGAGAGAAGGAACCUUUCACACUCUUCUGCACUUUUACUUCAGACUUGCAAGAACACCAACGAGACAUCCGCUGGUUUAGAGACGGUGAAUUGCUGAAAGAUUCGGACCGUCGGCAAAUAAAAUGUGGGGACCGGGAAGCUUCUCUGACAGUGUCCUGUGCUUACAAAGAGGACGAAGGAUUCUACAGUGUCCGCAUCCCGAACCUGGAUGGAUACAAUGAACAAAGAGCCUAUGUAUUUGUUAGGGAUGCUGCAGCUGAAACCCCUGGAGCUCCUGGUUCGCCCCUCAGCGUGCAGUGCCAUGAUGUGAACAAAGACAGCCUCGUCCUUUCCUGGGUAACCCCCAGUGAUAAUGGUGGAAGUCCAGUCCUUGGCUACUAUAUUGAAAGAUGUGAGGUGGGCACAGAUGAGUGGCAGCCAUGCAAUGACAGGCCUGUGAAAACCUGCAGAACCCCAAUUUUGGGCCUCACGGAAGGAAAGACAUACCAGUUCCGAGUAAAAGCUAUCAACCGUGCAGGCAUCAGUAACCCAUCGAAGGCCAGUGACCCAGUGACUAUGAUAGACCCCAAUGAAAACAAAAGAUUGAUAAACAUCCCUUAUGACGAUGGCUUUAGGACAAUUACCGUUUCCAAAGAUGAACUGGAGCCCAAGAUCAAAAUCCCUUUGCCACCCACCAAUGUUCAUGCUAGUGAGGUCAGGGAAGAUUAUGUCAUCCUCUCUUGGGAUGAACCAGACCCCAGAGGCAAGGAGCCGCUGAGUUAUUACGUAGAAAAGUCAAUAGCAGGCACUGACAGCUGGCAGAUGGCAAAUCUGGACACUCCAGUGAAUUGCACGAGGUUUGCUCUCUUUGAUCUGGACAAAGGGAAGUCCUACUGCUUCCAAGUGCGAUCUGUGAACAAGUAUGGAGUGAGCGAACCUUCCUUGCCUAGUGAGCCCAUCUCGUCUGGGGAUAAAAUAGCUCCUCUCCCACCUCCAGAUCAGGUUCUGGCCUUCCGAGACACCAACACAUCUGUGGUUGUGCAGUGGAGCAAGCCGAAGGAGGAGCCUCUUGGCUAUUACAUCUAUUGCCGGGAGGUUGGGACAGACGAAUGGCAAACCGUCAACAAUAAGCCCGUCAAGUGCAAUGAGUUCACCGUUCCUGGGCUCAAAACUGGCAAGGAGUAUAUCUUCUGUGUGAAAUGUGUCAAUGAAGCAGGUGUGGGUGACAGCUCCCCUGAAUCAGAUGCCACCCGGGUGAGGCAGGCUAUAUCUUGCCCAUCAGCCCCACGGGACUUUGCCCUCCUGAGCUGCGGAAAGGACAACAUGAGCAUAGGUUGGAAGCCUCCCAAACGCAAAGGAGGCACAACAAUCUUGGGCUAUUUCCUAGAUCAACAUGAUGUGUCAGAGAUCAACUGGCAUGAGGUCAACAUUAAGCCUAUUGGCCAACGUGUUUACACGGUCACCGGCCUGGACCAAGGGCACUUCUAUGAGUUCCGGGGUUAUGCCAUGAACGUGGUUGGUGUUGGGAAGGUAUCGGAACCCAGCGACAUUUUCAAGUGUGAGGAGUGGACCAUGCCGGAGCCAGGCCCUCCCUAUGAUGUGAGAUGCACUGAAGUGAGAGACACAUCCCUGAUGCUUCACUGGGAGCCACCCUUGUAUACUGGAGCAGGCCCUGUCACGGGUUACUACGUGGAUGCCUGUGAGGAAGGAUCGGACACAUGGGAGCAACUGAAUAAGCAGCCAAUAUCCAGCACCCACAUGAAGCUGUCUGAUCUGGAGACAGGGAAGUGCUACAUUUUCCAAGUGCGAGCAGUGAACAAGGCAGGGGUUGGCCCCCCAUCUCUUCCAUCCGAUCCAGUGGUAGUGAAAACCAAACCAGGCACCAAAGAAAUUGAAGUUGGGGUGGACGAAGAAGGGUCCAUCUAUAUGGCCUUUGAGGCUCCUGAAGUGGUCGACACCUCGGAAUUUAUCUGGUCCAAAGACUACGAAGGGCCACCAAAUCCCGACAGGGUCCAGACUGAGGACAAAGAGGACAAAUCCAAGCUCAUCCUGAAAUAUGCCACUGAAAGGGAUCUGGGAACAUAUUCAGUAGAAGUAACUGACACCGAUGAUGAUAUUUCUGCCAGUCAUAUAUUAACCCAAGAAGAACUGGACGAACUGCGAAAGAUCAGCCACGAGAUCCGAAACCCCUUGAUCGAGCUGAUAUCUGGGUGGAACAUCGAUGUUCUGGAGAAGGGAGACGUGAGGCUGUGGCUGGAGGUGGAGAAGCUCUCCCCAGAGGCGGAGCUGCACUUGAUCUUCAAUGGGAAGGAGCUCACCAGUACCCCGAAGGAAAACAUGGAGGCAUGCGAUGUUAACCUGCACCAAAACAAAACCCAAGAGCAGAGGGAAAGGGCUGCUUCUCUCAGUGCCACAAGUACACAUAAGAUCAAUUUUGACCGAGCAAACGGCCUUGUGGAAUUGAUCAUCCAAGACUUCUGUGAAGAUGACAAGGGCACAUACACAGCCCAGCUGAAAGACGGCAAAGCUGAAAACCAGUUUACGUUGGCUCUGGUUGGGGAUGAUUUUGAUAAACUUAAAACAGAGGCUGACGCCAAAAAGAAAGAAUGGCAGAGAAAGCACGGUCCUCACUUUAUUGAACAGCUGCAGUGGAAGGUCACGGAGGACUGCGAAGUCCUACUGACUUGCAAGGCAGCAAACAUGAAGAAGGAGAGCACCUUUAAAUGGUUCUUCGAUAAUAAAUCCCGCUCAGAUGGCCAGUAUGACUCAAAGACGGGCGCUGGACUCCUGCCCCUCAAGAAGAUUACCAAAGCAGAUAAGGGAAUCUACAAAGCCGUGGUUUCUGAUGACCGGGGGCAAGAUACAACUCAACUUGACCUGACUAAAGAAGCAUUCGAUGACAUCCUCAAGGAACUUGCCAGGAUCAGUGUUUUAUCCGCAUCACCUUUGAAAAUCCAGCCUACUGCAGAAGGCAUCAAGAUCUACAGUGAAGUGAAGUACUACACAGACGCCAUGAAGGCAACUUGGUAUCACAAUGACAAGCGCGUGGAAGGCGGGGACCGGCGGAAAACGGGGACAACCAUGGACCAGGUUUGGCUCCACAUUCUGGAUCCCAAAGAGUCGGACAAAGGCAAAUACACCUUGGAGUUGUUUGAUGGGAAAGAGCCACGCAAACUCACAGCUGACUUGUCUGGCAAAGCUUUCGAUGAUGCCCUGGCUGAACACCAAAGGCUCAAGCAAGCAGCUAUUGUGGAGGAGCACCGAGCGAAAGUUGUCCGUGGCCUUCCAGAUGUUGCCACCAUCAUGGAGAAUAAGACCCUGUGCUUGACAUGCAUCAUAUCUGGAGAUCCCUACCCAGAAAUCACUUGGUAUAAGAACGAGAAGGUCAUCACAUUCAAAGACCGGUACAAGAUGGAAGUGAAAGGGACAGUCAUCACCAUCACCAUCGAGGACGUCAGCAGCGAGGACUCGGGGAAGUUCAGCAUCCACGUCAAGAACAAGUGGGGCUCUGAAACAGGCAGGGUUACCGUCAGCGUGUACAAGCACGGAGAAGAGCCAAAGGAGCUGAGGGAAGAGAAAGCCUUAAUUCCAGGCAGGCCAUAGUCCCAGGACCCUGGUUCCAUCCCAGAGCUUUAUGUUCAACAUGUAUCAAGUGUUUCUCCCCCUAACCACUAGAUUAGGAGUUCUCAACGUUGGGUCCCCAGAUGUUGUUGGACUUCAACUCCCAUAAUCCCCAACCAAGGGCCACUGGGGCUGGGGAUUAUGGGAGUUGAAGUCCAAUAACAACUGGGCACCCAACGUUGAGAAUCCCUGCACUAGACAACCUCCACCAGCUCUCACACAGCUGGCAUUUGUGUUCCUAGGGCAGACUAGCUAGACCCCAACACCUCUCGUUUUAGAAAUUAAACACAGGAGAGAAAUAAUUCCUCAGCCUCAUGGGAAGCUUCCUUCUACCGAGUCAGACCAUGGGUCCAUCUAGCUCAGUACUAUCAACCCAGACUGGCAGCGGCUUCUCCAGGGUUGCAGGCAGGAGCCUCUCUCAGCCCUAUCUUGGAGAUGCUGCCAGGGAGGGAACUUGGAACCUAUGGCUACUAGUCUGGUGGCUAGAGACCACCUCCAGCCUUAGAGGCACAAUGCCUCUCAAUACCAGUUGCAGGGGAGCCGAGCAACAGCAGGAGAGAGGGCAUGCCCUCAACUCCUGCUUGUGGGCUCCCCAGAGGCAUCUGGUGGGCCACUGUGGGAAACAGGAUGCUGGACUAGAUAGGCCUUGGACCUGAUCCAGCAGGGCUGUUCUUAUGUCAGGAACAUAGGAAGCUGCCAUAUAUUGAGUCAGACCAUCCAUCGGUCCUUCUAGCUCAGGACUGUCUACACAGACUGGCAGCAGCUUCUCCAAUGUUCUUAACCUUCUGCGUGUAAGCUCAUGCUAUAUCUCUUGUUGAGUUGGUAUCAUGUCAAAAUUUCCUAGCACGAGAUUUUUAAAAGAGCAAUACAACAAAGGACAGGGAAGAGGUAAUUCAUAUGGGAACAUAGGUCGCUGCCUUCUUCCAAGUCAGACCAUUGGUCUAUCUAGCUCAGUAUUGUCAACACUAACUGGCAGCAAUUCUCCAAGGUUUCAGGCAGGAGAUUCCCUCAGCCCUACCUGGAGAUGGUGGCAGGUGUUGAGCCUGGGACCUUCCGCAUACAAAGCAGAUGCUCUACUACUGAGUUAUAGCUUCACCCCCAAAGGUUGUAUAUACAUGGGUCUCCCAUCCAGGCACUAACCACACCAAGACCUCCUUAGCACUAGCAAAGUGGUUGUAUUGUGUGUGCCUUUAGACAAUGCUCUCGGACUCAGUAUGGAAGACCUAGGGGCAGUGGAGAUCCAUCUACUUCACUCUUCUGUCCUCAGCAUCUGUUGUUCAGAAGCAUCUGACUUUUCCCAAUGGAUUUUGGCAUAGUGAACCAAGCUUGUGAAAGCACCAGCAGGCAUCCAGAUUGUGCUUCACCACAUUCCACUUCUUGGAAAUCUUUCAGAGCACAGUGAGUCACAGCUUGGAUAUGCAUCGGAGCAUUCACAAGACCAGGCCUAUCCAUGAACUGGGAGAUCACAUGAUAAAUCCAUUGGCAAGAUCUCAACUCAGGUUGAAUUCACCAUGGUUGCUUUUUUUUUUUUUUUAAAGUCAUAUGGCUGUGGUAAAACAGUAUUGGGUUUGAGGUGAAGUGAGUUGAGAUGAAAGUCCUGCGGGCCAUGUUAAAUCUGGGUUGGCGCGUUGUCAAGUGCUGUGCAGCCCAUGCAAACAGAGAGAAAAGGAAAGGUAGUUUAGAGAACAGAAAGAGAAAAGAAAAUGAGGCUGUUCACACAACCGAAAACAGGUUUGGGAGCUGAGCACGCUCCCAAUUUUUAGGGAGCAAACAAUUAAGUAUUAGGGGUGUACACAAAACUGACUGGCCCGGUUUGGUUCCAGUCAGAACAGGACCAGGCCAGUUCAGGUUUUUUCUCCAUCAAAACCACCACCACCCUCCCAGGGUUUGGUUCGAUUCUGCGGGGUGGUGUUUGUGAAUCAGUUAAAAAAAAAAAAAGUACUUACCCCCUCCAGGGAGCUUCUCCGGUUCAUAAGAACAGCCUUCCUGUCUGACCAGGGGCUAUAGUGAUUGGGCAAAGGUCAUUCAGCAACCUCUGUGCCUGAGCAGAGACUCGAACCUGGGUCUCUCUGUCCCUGGAACCACCCUGAUUCAUUUCAUAUGAGUAACUCUUCCAUUUAGUGACCUGAGACAAAUAAUCAAGCCCAGCCAAUUCUGCAGGAAGGAAGCUUGCCUGGAUGUUGAUUAAUGUAUUUCCUAAGGAGCUGUACUUUGCUUUUUUUGUGGUCCAUGUUAUGCCACAUACAUUAUGCAUGCUGAAUAAACAGUGAAAUGUGA